AUGUUUGGGCAGCAGCUAAAUGCGGUGACACUCAACGUGGCGAUCCGUGCCGCCGCAGUUUGGCCGGGCGCCGCCCUGCUGCUGCGGCGCGCCCAGCAGGCGCGCCUGGCAGACGCGGUGAGCUACGGCUCCGCGCUGGCGGUCGUGAAGCACGGCUGGCCCUGGACCCUGGCGCUGCUGGCGGCGGCGCGGUCCGCGGGCUGCGCGUUUCUGGUCAGCUUCAGCUCCGCAGUGAGCGGCUGCGAGCGACAUGCGCAGUGGCAGCGGGCACUGCGCCUCCUGUGGUGCCUGGAGACAACCAGCAUGGAGCCGGACGACGUGGUGGUGAACAGCGCCAUCAGCGCGUGUGGUCGGGGCGGCGCUUGGCCUCGCGCGCUGGCCUUGCUCGGAGGCAUCGUGGCCGGGGUCAUCAGCUUCAAUGCCGCACUCAGCGCCUGCGCCCGGGAUGGCCAGUGGGAGAUGGCGUUGCACCUGUUGACGCAGAUGGAGUCCCAACGCCUCGUGCCCAACAGGAUCUCCGUGAGCUGCGCCAUCAGCGCCUGCGCCGCGAGUGGGCGCUGGGCCGCCGCUCUGCAGCUGCUGCGCCGGGCGCUGGAGACCUCCGCGCGGCCCAACGUGAUCUGCUUCAGCUGCGCCAUCUCGGCCUGCGAGAAGGCGAGCCGCUGGGAGGCGGCCCUGGGGCUGCUGGCGGCGCAGUUGGAGUCCGACAUCUUCCCUGACGAAAUCAGCUGCAACAGCGCCAUCAGCGCCUGUGAAAAGACGACCCGCUGGGAGCUGGCGAUGCACGUGUCACAGAACAUGCCGCAGGCCAAGCUGUUGCCGGACGUGGUCACCUACAACAGCCUCAUCUCGGCCUGCGAGAAGUGCGGAGAAUGGCUCAUGGCUUUGCAGGUCCUGGAGCUUAUGGCACAGGUCUCGGCAGCAGCGGACGUGAUCACAUACAGCGCAGCCAUCUCGGCCUGCGAGAAGGGCUUCCAGUGGUCUUGGGCUCUGCACCUCUUCGACAG